AUGCUCGCCUUUAUCAAACGGAACUUUGUGCCAGCAAUGGCAGUUACCAUUGUGCCAUUGGGUUACUUUUUCGGUAUCCAACUUCGUGAAGAUCGCGAUUCGAAACGGAUCAAGGAGCAACUACAACAACAAAGCGAGGAAGAACGGAUAGCACAACUCGAGAAAAAACGCGCUGCUCUUAUUGCUGAACGUAACGCCAUCAUGGAGAGACGUGCCAAUACUGAUAGCAACAAAUAA